UGCUGGUGUACUUUAAUGGCGCUUCAAAGCCAUUAAAAAGGCAAAAACCCAAAAUCCCAUUUCGCCCUGUGAUGGGAUUCCCACACCACCCAAACAACCCAACUCCAGAUGGCCUCUCCCAUCGAAUCAACAGCCCUCGAUUCUCUGGUCCCAUGACUCGCCGGGCCCAUUCAUUCAAACGCUCCACCAACGCCACCUCCUCGAACCCAACUCAUCUCGAGAUUGAUCUUCCUGUCAAUUCUCCUCGAUCCGAUAACGCCAGGACCACCGCCACUUCGAUCGAUGGGAACGGGAACGACAGGAAUCCGUUCAAGAAGCACGCCGGAUUGACGUCUCCUGUCGAUCCAAAGGAGAGGAGGAGGAGAUUGGGCCAUUGGAUGUUCUUGCUCUUUUGUGGGGUUUGUCUUUUUCUGGGGGUUCUGAAGAUCUCUGCAAAUGGGUGGUUUGGAUUUGCUGUUGAAAGGGAGUGGAAUUAUCAGGAAUCACGAACUUACUUAACUGAUCACAUGGUUUCAAGUUCUCAUGACCAUGGGCAUAGGGAAGUAAGUGACAGUGAGCGGACUCUAAUGACUGUAGAAUCAAGGGUCACAGUCCAAAACCACGUGGCUGAGAAUUCGGGUAUUUGGUCCAAGCCAAACAGUGAAAAUUUCACUCAGUGCAUUAAUCACUCUAGGAGUCGCAGGAAGUUGGAUGCGAAGACUAAUGGAUACAUUCUCAUAAAUGCAAAUGGUGGCUUGAAUCAGAUGAGAUUUGGGAUCUGCGAUAUGGUUGCUGUUGCUAAGAUCAUGAAGGCCACACUUGUCCUUCCUUCGCUUGACCACACCUCCUUCUGGGCUGAUGAAAGUGGCUUCAAAGAUCUGUUUGAUUGGCAGCACUUCAUAGAGACCCUGAAGUAUGACAUUGAAAUAGUUGAAGAUUUGCCAGCUGCAUACAGAGAAGUUGAACCUUUCAUGAAGACCCCAGUAUCUUGGUCCAAGGUCAGUUAUUAUAAAUUGGAGGUCCUCCCACUUUUGAAACAGCACAGAGUCAUUUACUUUACUCAUACUGACUCCCGGCUUGCGAACAAUGGGCUUUCAAAUUCUAUACAAAAGCUGAGAUGCCACGUCAACUACAGAGCAUUGAAGUAUGCAGCCCCAAUUGAAGAGCUUGGGAAUACCUUAGUUUCAAGGAUGCAUCAGAAUGGAAGUCUUUACAUAGCUCUCCACUUAAGAUAUGAAAAAGAUAUGCUGGCGUUUACGGGUUGCGACCAUAGUCUGACAUCAGAAGAAGGUGAAGAGCUUCGGCGGAUGCGCUAUGAAGUUAGCCACUGGAAAGAGAAAGAGAUCGAUGGAUCAGAGAGAAGGAAGUUAGGAGGCUGCCCUAUGACCCCAAGGGAAACUUCCCUUCUCCUCAAAGGAUUGGGAUUCCCAUCCAGCACCCCAAUCUACUUGGUGGCUGGUGAAGCCUAUGGAAAUGGCAGCAUGCAAUAUCUUACUGAUGAUUUCCCCAACAUCUACUCUCACUCGACUCUUUCAAAUGAAGAGGAGCUGAAUCCUUUCAGGAAUCACCAGAACAUGCUUGCUGGAUUGGACUACGUGGUUGCCCUUCAGAGUGAUGUAUUCGUCUAUACCUAUGAUGGGAAUAUGGCAAAGGCUGUACAGGGUCAUCGGCGCUUCGAGGACUUCAAGAAAACCAUCAACCCGGACCGGAUGAAUUUGGUAAAGCUUGUGGAUGAAUUCGACGAAGGGAAGAUUACUUGGAAGAAGUUCAGCUCCAAAGUGAGGAAGCUGCACAAGGACCGGAUCGGAGAUCCAUAUUUAAGGGAGCCCGGAGAGUUCCCGAAGCUGGAGGAGAGUUUCUACGCGAACCCAUUACCGGGCUGUAUAUGUGAAAGACAACAGGACAGGAAAUAGAUGCUAAGAAAAACCACAGGCUCGAAUAGUUCUCAAAACAGCUGAAGAGCAACCCAAGGAGGAGAAUGAGUUCUCGAAGUGCAGCUGGAGUGCAAUUGCAUUAUCGGAGAAUGAAUUUCAAAGCUUAAAACUCCACAUCCCCAACAGAAUGACAAGUGGGUAUUUUCUAUUUCGAUUAGAAGAUGCAGUUGUAUGGCGGAUCAAUUCUUUCAAGGCUUCAAGGAACUGUGUGAUGACGCCGAGAUGAAGCUGAUAUUUGGGGGAGGAUGCCAUCAUGUGCAACUUCAUGAAGAUGUAUGAUUCCACAUUUUUUUUACACGACUCAAUGUUCUAGAAAGUGUUAUUCGCAUUUCUGUUGAUUGUUUCCACAACGGUGUUGUGCAUUAUUGUAUUCAUGGUUAUGUAGAAUGUAAUAACAGAUCCAAACAGGAAAUACAGCCAUUGGAGCUGUAGAGUAUUUCUUCCUACACGGAAUAACGUGCGGUUGACAGGAAAUGGGAGCCCAGGAUUCAUUUCUGGUUUUCUGAUAA